CUAAACUUCCUCUCUAGUCUCUCACUCUCUCUCUCUUCUUUCUCUCUCUUACUUCGCCGGAGACGGGAGCGAAAGAACUCGCCGCCGAUUACUCUCCCAGCAAUAUUCAGAACCAAAUUUCCAUGCUAUUUAAUCAAUUCAAGGUCUUUGAUUUCUAAUUCUCACUUAUUUUCUUUCUUAUUUUCUGCGGAAAUCAGGUACUCUGGAAAUUCUCUCUGAAAUAUUCAAGCUUCGAAGUUUCCAGUUGAAGCUGCGAUUAUCACUCUGAAGAUCGAAACUCUAUUCCAAGUUUUCAAAUUUCUGAAAAUUCCAUAGCAAUUUCCAGUCAAAAACUUUUUUUUGGCGCAAAGGUGUUACCUCAUUUCGUGGUAGUAAGAAAGAAAGAGGACGCUCUGAAGAGUCUUCAUCAAAGGCGGACUCGGAAAUCUAAUUAGCUUGAAACCUAAUUGAUUUCUUCAAAUUCAAGGUCCUUGAUUUCGAAUUCUCUCGUAUUUUCUCAAGGAAUCAAGCAAACUCUGCGAAACAAUUUCCAAGGUUCCAUCGGAAUUCUCUUCCAUUGCCUUUCAAUUGAGUGAACUUCGUGAAAUUCAGAGCAGUUUUCGGCCACAAAAACCUAAUUUUCCAGGCGAGCGAAAGGUUACCUUAUUUCGAAGAAAGAAACAGGAAGCUUCAUCAAUGGCGGAUUCUGACAACGACUCGGGAGGAGGAGGGAACAACAACCGCGGAGACGCGAACAGCGAGAUGUCGCUGAGGGAGCAGGACCGGCUGCUGCCCAUAGCGAACGUGAGCCGGAUCAUGAAGAAGGCGUUGCCGGCGAACGCGAAGAUCUCGAAGGACGCGAAGGAGACGGUGCAGGAGUGCGUAUCGGAGUUCAUAAGCUUCAUCACCGGCGAGGCCUCCGACAAGUGCCAGAGGGAGAAGAGGAAGACGAUCAACGGCGACGAUCUGCUCUGGGCGAUGACGACGCUAGGGUUCGAGGACUACGUCGAGCCUCUCAAGAUCUACUUGCAGAGGUUUCGCGAGACGGAGGGAGAGAAGGGAGGGGCCACCACGGUGGCGCGUGAAAAGGACGUGGCCGCUGGGAGCGUGGGGAAUGGUGGUGCUGGUGGAGUGGGGUUUGGGGAUGGAGGAGCAGGUGGUGGUGGGGUAUAUGGAAUGGUGAUGAUGGGGCAACAGCAUCAGGGACACGUGUACGGUUCUGGUGGGUUUCAUCAAUUGGGUGUGGGCAGUGGUGGUAGUGGGCUUGCUAAGAAUGGGCCUGGUCAUAUUAGCCCAGGUUCUAACUUGGGUAGGCCCAGAUAGUGGGUCAUAAUCUCUCUCUACUAACAGAAGUUAGAAGGCAAUUAUAUUAAAUUUUUAAGUUUCUAGUGACAGACUUUACCACUAUGUAAGAGUGUUUAUUUGUAUGGUAAAGAUUGCCCGUACCAAGUUAAGUGUUA